UGUCCUUGACUUUAAAAUAGUAAAAUAAUUCUCUCAAAUCGAAUUAAUCCCAGAAAAUGGAUUGCAACUCACUCUACUCAGAAUUAAUGGCAUUUCAGCAUCUCAGUAAAGUCAUGUACGUAUUUAUGAUCCCAGUAGGUUACAAGUUUGCUGAUGAGAGCUGUUCAGUCUCCGCUGGUCCAGGCCAUAUUCAGUCGAAACACAGAAGAAGUGACAUUUUUGUUGAACCACCAAGAAGAUGUCAAUGCACUGGACCAAGAACAAAGCACACCACUUCAUGCUGCUGCUUAUCUGGGUGAUGUCCACAUUAUGGACCUACUUAUUACAUCAGAUGCAAAUGUCAACGCUAAGGACCAGGGUUUGCUGACUCCUUUACAUCGAGCCUCUGCCUCACGAAAUGAAAGGGCUGUGGAGCUGCUGCUAAAGCACAAAGCAGAGGUCAACACACGGGACAAAUUCUGGCAUACACCUUUACACAUGGCAGCUGCAAGCUGGGCUGCAGGCUGUGCUGAAGCUCUGAUACCACAUGUUUGCAGCCUGGAUGUCACUGACAGGUCAGGGAGGACACCACUGCAUCAUGCAGCGCACAGCGGCCAUGGAGAGAUGGUGAACUUGCUCCUGAGCAAAGGUGCCUGUGUGAGUGCCAAAGAUAAGAAAGAAAGACAGGCAAUCCACUGGGCUGCAUACCUCGGACAUGUGGAGGUCAUGAAGCUGCUAGUGUCUCACAGCGCUGAUGUGACGUGUAAGGACAAACGUGGUUACACUCCGCUCCAUGCUGCAGCUGCCAGUGGGCAGUUAGACGUGGUCAAGUAUCUGUUGAGGCUGGGGGUGGAGACUGAUGAACCCAACAUUUUUGGGAACACAGCGCUCCACAUGGCCUGUCACACGGGGCAGGACACCGUGGCUACUGAGCUGGUGAAUGGCGGCUCAAACAUCAAUCAGCCCAACUACCACGCCGACACGCCGCUGCAUUUGGCUGCGGCGUCCUCCAGCGGGGUGCUGUGUCUGGAGCUUUUAAUCAACAACGGGGCUGAUGUCACCGUGCAGAAUAAAGAAGGAAAGAGCCCUUUGCAUAUAGCUGCUAUGCAUGGACGUUUCACAGGCUCCCAGAUCCUGAUCCAAAAUGGUGGGGAGAUCGACUGCACUGAUAUAUAUGGAAACACUCCUCUUCACGUUGCUGCCAGAUAUGGUCAGGAGCUGUUGAUCAGCACUCUGCUGACAAAUGGCGCUGACAAAGCCAGACAGGGGAUCCAUGGGAUGCUUCCACUACAUUUGGCGGCGCUCCAUGGCUUUUCAGACUGUUGUCGAAAGUUACUGUCUAAUGGCCAGUUUUACAACAUGGUGCCGUCUCAAAUUUCAUCAGUGGGGUUUGAUAUAAACAUCUUAGAUGACCACGGGAGGACCUGUCUGCAUGCAGCUGCCUCUGGAGGAAAUAUUGACUGUCUCAACUUGCUCUUAAAUAGUGGUGCUGAAGUGGAUAUUAAGGAUAAUUUGGGAAGAGGUCCUUUGCACUAUGCUGCAGCCAACGGGAACAGCCAAUGCACUAUCUCCCUGGUGAGAGCUGGUGCUGAGGUCAAUGAGCUGGAUCUGAUGGGCUGUAGCCCUCUGCACUACACCGCUGCUUCACACACAUUCUGUGGUGGGAACACAAACUCUGAGCCUGGCUACAGUGUGGAAAAGGAACAAGAGGCCUCUCUGUGUUUAGACUACUUGCUUGACAACGGGGCGAACCCAACUCUGAAGAACAGUAAGGGUUACAGUGCUGUCCACUAUGCAGCAGCUUAUGGGAACAAACAGCACCUGGAGCUGCUCCUGGAGAUUUCUUUCAACUGUCUAGAAGAGGUUGAAAGUAAUAUUCCAGUCAGUCCUUUGCACUUAGCUGCGUAUUAUGGUCACUGCCAGGCCCUGCGUUUGCUGUGUGAGACGUUAGUGAGUCUGGAUGUGCGGGACAUUGAAGGCCGAACUGCCCUCCACCUGGCUGCUCAGAGAGGGUUUGCGCCAUGUGUGGAGGUGCUGCUGAAGCAUCAAGCCUCCUACACACUGAAGGAGCACAAGCACAAGUGGACGGCUCUCCAUGCUGCAGCUGCUGAGGGCCAAAUGGACUGUUUGCUUUUACUGGUCAACAGAGAACAAAGUGCCGACAUCAUUGACAGUCCAGAUACACAGGGACAGACGGCUCUCAUGCUGGCAGCUCUGGGACGUCACACCGACUGUGUCCACAUCCUUCUGGAGAAAGGAGCGAACGCUGAUGCUGCAGACAAAAAGGGCUUCACUGCAUUACACAGAGCUGCCAUGUUGGGCAGUGAGGACUGUGUAUCUGCUCUGUUGGAACAUGGGGCUUCUGCUCUGUGUAGGGACUCUCAGGGAAGGACCCCGCUUCACCUCGCCGCCUCCUGCGGUCACGUGGACCUACUCCGCAGUUUGCUUAAGGGUGCUAUGAAAGCUGACCCUCUGGACUCCAUGUUGGACCACAGAGGCUACACGCCCACCCACUGGGCUGCCUACCACGGCCAUGAAGGAUGUUUACAUGUUUUACUUGAAAGUAAACUUUUUAGCAACCAGGAAGGAAAUCUGUUCACCCCAUUGCACUGUGCUCUAGUUAAUGGACAUGAUGUUGCUGCUGAACUUCUAGUGAAGACUGUUGGACCUCAAAUCAUUACUGUCAGUGAUGCCAAAGGAAGGACCCCGCUGCAUGCAGCUGCUUAUUCAGGAAACGUUGCUGGGCUCCAGCUGGUCCUGGCCCAGGUAGCAGAGGUCAAUGCUGUGGACCACUGUGGCUGCUCUGCUCUGAUGGUUGCUGCUGACUGUGGACAGACCAUGGCCGUUGAGUUCUUGCUGCACAAAGCGAAGCCAGACCUGACCCUGGUGGAUUUCAAUAAUAACACAGCCCUUCACUUAGCCUGCAGCAAGGGUCAUGAAAUGUGUGCCCUGUUGAUCCUUGGAGAGAUCAGUGACUCCUCCCUCAUAAAUGCAACAAACAGCGCUCUCCAAAUGCCUCUUCACAUUGCAGCGAGGAAAGGCCUGGCGACUGUAGUGCAGGUGUUACUGAGCAGAGGAGCUGCAGUCAUGGCUGUAGAUGAGGAAGGCCACACACCAGCCCUGGCCUGCGCCCCAAACAAGAAUGUGGCGGACUGUUUGGCCCUGAUCCUCUCCACCAUGAAGCCUUUCCCUCCCAGGGAGGCCGGCGGUGGUACAGCCUCCCACUUCAACCCCAUCCUGAAGAACUGUGGCAUUGCUGCCACCUGCGGGUCCGGUGGAAACCUUUGUCACGCCUAAGUUAUAGACUGCACCGGCACUAUCGGCCUGCACGAGUGUGUGACGGAGCGAAAAUUAAACCCCCGUGUAGCCACACGUCUCGUAACCGCUCAUAACCACACAAGUACAAGUCUACAUGAAUAUGUGUGGUCAUGCAUAGCUACUUCUCUGGCAUGUCAUGACAUUUCUACUAGUGUGUCACAUGCAACUGCACGUACGCUAUGUGCUCAUGCACCAGUAGCAUCGACUGCUUUUUGUCUUACACAUUACUAAUAUUAGCAGAACCUUAGAUGAUCUUUUCUGUUAUAUGAGUUGAGUUUAGCACAUAAAUAUGUUAUUUUAAUGAAGCACUAACCAUUAGAGAUGAAUGGAAGUUUUAACUUGAGCACGCUACACAAGCCUCUCCACCUGAACCCCGUCCACUGUCAGUACUGGCUUAGUUUCUUAGCGCAUCAACCACCAAAGCCUGAAAUCUCCAUGUUCGUCCUCAGCUGAUACAAGUGCAAGAAUACUCGUAUGAUUGUGUGUUGGAUUUACGUGUGUGUGUGUAUGUGUAUGUAUGUGUGUGUGUGUGUCUGCAAGUGCUAUUUUGAAUAUUAGACAUUGCUUCUUAAUAUACUUGUUUUUAAAAUAUCUAACCGGUGCUGUAAACCUUUUAUGCAAUUAAGAAGACUAUUUUCUUAUUCUGUCCAGAGUGUAGCUGACACUACACUGAUAUAAAUAACCAUAUAAUUCUAAUAUUAUCAUGAUAUACAUUUCAGUUUAGUAAAAAUAACAGUCACAAGCAUGUGUAUAGUUUUAAUGAUAUAGUUUACUGAGUCUAGUGUAUAUAUAGUUCUUAAAAUAAAGUUAACCUUUUACUUGUAUUAUCUUGAAACUCCCAAAUUAUUGAGAAUGAACCUCAGGUCAGUGUGUACUGUAAAGUAGGUGCAAUAAAAAGCACAUCUUGAGCUGGAUGUUACAUAACAAGUAUUAAGUGAGACAAAAGUAUAGAAGCGUAUUUCAGUUAAAUAAGGCAGAAAAUAAAACGAAAAAAAUUGAAUAUAAUCCCUCAGAAUUUUGAGCAGGAAAGUCUGGUGUCUUUAGUAAAUCUGACAUUUAACUAUGUCUGCACUUGAAGAUUAAUUUAACUUUUGAGUAUUGAGUCAAUUAUUUUUUUAAAUUUGAAAAUUCCAAGAGCCCAAGAUGACAUAUUCAAAUGGCUUUUUUGUUUUUGUUUUUCUGAUCAGCCGUUUAUAACCCAAAGAUAUUUAAUUUACACUGAUACAAGUCCAAGAAUAGCAGCGAAUCCCUCACAUUCAAGAAAUGGGAACUAAAAAAUGUUUUGCAUUUUUGCUUGACGAAUUUGUCAGUUAUCGAAAUUGUCAAUUAAUUUUCAGUGGAUCAACUAAUCAAUCAAUCGUUUCAGCACUACAUUUCAAAUUUGUUUUCUGUCCAAUGAAAUGAAAUUUAAGAAGCUGCUCACGUGUGGUGCCAUUAAUAAUCUUUGAGACUGAAAUCAGUUUUUGAAAUACUGUAGCCACACUUUCUUCAUCCAAAGUGACCAGAAGCUGUUCAUUUGAGUGUCCAGCCUUUAUUGCCAGUGAAUACAUCUGUUCCUAGUAAAUACUUCAGAUAUAUUACAGUUGAAAUAAGAAAAAUCGGCAGAGGUAACUUAAUUCUUUUUUUUUUUUUAAUCAUUGCUUUUCACUUGCUAAACAAAUGAGCACAACACACCUGUACUGGUACAAAGAUGUCACUGCCUCUCUCUUUUUAAAGAUAAAGGUUUUAUAAAUGGAGUUGUGCAUUUAAUGUUUACCUUUUUAUAAUCUGAAAGCUACAAACACACACAGCCUUUGAUAUUGAUUUUCUCUUUCCCUAGUUAUACCUGCUGUAUUAUUUUAAAAUGGCUUUAAACUAUUUGCACUCUGACAUGAAAGUUUACAUUAUACAGUAGCGUAUCCUCCCUAGGUUUAUAAAAAUAUUCUAUAAAAUUUGAAAGUGCAUUUUACAAAUUAAACUUUCAUCUAACAGUAGAACUCUAUCCUGUGAGUGUCUCCUUCCCUGUUUCAUUUGUAUUAAAUUACUGGGGAAAAGAGCAGUUUUACAACUUUUAAGUUGUAGUUAAAUGUUUUGAAUAAUGUUUGUCUUUAGGAAUUUUUUCUGUUACAGCUUUUCAUGUGAACAAAUUGUCGGUCUUUCUUCACAUCUUACCAAGAUUUCACGGUGCAACAACUUGAAUACUCUGUGCGGUUUACCUGUGGAUGGCAUUCAUAUGAGACAAAAUAAAUACA